GUCCUCGGCGCGCCCAACGCGGCGGGGCAGCGCCGCGAGGGCGUGGAGCGCGCUCCCUCCAUUCUCCGCGCGGCCGGCAUCGUCGAUGACAUCCGCGCGCUCGGAUGGGACGCCCGCGACCUCGGCGACGCGCACGAGCCAAAGCCGCCCGUGCCCUCGCCCCCGCAUGGCCCCCCAGGCCCACCAACGGUGCCCCGCGUCCGGAAAACAAACGCGUGGAGAGACGCGGACGCCGCGUCUCUCCACGAGAUCGUCGCCCGACGCGUCCACGACGCCAAGACGUCCGGCGCGGUUCCCCUGAUCCUCGGGGGCGACCACAGCGUCGCCAUCGGCUCCGUCGCCGGCGCGCUCCGCGACGAUCCCGCGCUCUCCGUCAUCUGGAUCGACGCGCACGCCGACCUCAACACGCCGCAAACCUCGGAGACGGGCAACCUCCACGGCAUGUCGCUCGCCAUGGUCGCCGGGCUCGCCGACGCCGCGUCCUGGCCCGACGGCGCGUACGACUGGCUCCUCAAGGACGACUUUCACGACGACGACCGCGUUCGACAACCCAGGCUCGACCUGCGCCGGCUGGUGUACGUCGGCCUCCGCGACGUGGACCCGCCCGAGGUUCAUCGCAUCGCCAACCUCGGGAUCAAGGCGUUCACCGCCGACGACGUUAGGUCCCUGGGCGCCGAACGCGUCGCCCGGCUCGUUCUCGACCACCUGCGCGUCGCGAACGGCGGCGAUACGCUCACCUCGACGCACGUGUCCCUCGACGUGGACUCGCUCGACCCGACGCGCAUGAACGCCACCGGCACGCCGGUGCCCCUCGGGUUGGAGUUGGCGAACCUCCUCGACUUUCUUCGCGAGCUGAGGCGCGGGGCGGCGAUCACGUCCGCGGACCUCGUCGAGCUCAACGUCGAGCUGGUGGACGAGGCGACGCGCGGUGGGUACGUCGACACGGCCAGGGCGCUCGCGCGGGCGCUGCUGGGAGAGGCU